UUUAUAUCAAGACAUGAUUUCUCGCAGGUCGUGAAGGUGAUCGAUUUGAGUAACUUGGUAAAUCCGUUAUCUCGUUUGCAAUAUCUGGCAGUCGAUUACGCGGAAGAUGGCCAAGUAUACGUGUACGUAACCGACGCCGCCUCCAAGUCUAUCAUCGUUUACAAUGUCACUGCUGAUAAAGGAUACCGAGUGAUCCUUCCGAACGCCGUUACCGUCGGUGUCGACCGAAGAGACGUUCUCUACUUGACGUUGGUGAAGAAGAGCUGCGGUACACCAGUAGUGUAUUUCACUUAUCUAGGAUCCAACAGGCUUUUCGCGAUCAAGGCCGAGAAUCUGAGAAAGGGUCUCACCCAAGGAUCGGUCGCAGAUGUCGGACCGAAGCCAGACAAAUUAGUUCUCCUCGGCAGUGAUAACGGCUGCGCCAUUUUCUUCAGAUACAAGGGUAAGUUUGAGUUUUCUUUACAA